AUGCUGACAGAGGUACUGGAAACCGAGCUGGAUCGCAUGCGUGCGGAGGUGCAACGUCAGCUCAACGAGGCAAAGCAGUUUCUCGUCACCUGCAAAGAGGACUCGGUAGCCCACAUGGAUCGUCUGGAUUCGGACAAACGGACUCUCACUCGAGCAUGCGAGCGAGCGAUCCGCACCGGAGAGCUCCAGGGGGCUGAGGAAACAGCCGACUUUUCCAGCGAGCAGCUGAUGUGUGCUUCAAUUACCAGAGCCGCAAACAACUCAGCUGGUGAGGGUGCUUCACCUCGGUCACCAGGCACAUCCAAAUCAACGUAUCCUUCCGUACUGUCCACACAGUGCUCAGCUGCUAGGGACGCAGCAGAUGGCGACGGGUUCACUGCCAGAGAUGCAAUACGGUGUCUGCUUCCUCGUGUGGAGCAAGUGUUUGACUUCUACGCAGCGUCGCAUGUAACGGACACGGAACUGCUGUAUCCGGCAAUGCACCUGCCUCAGUUCACCACAAUGGUACGUGACGCCGCUCUCGAUCGCAGGCGUCGUCCUCUCCUUCCAGAGUUGCUGUGGAUGACGGCCCUGCGCGACUUGCCUACCGCUAGUGGACGCGAACGCACAGACCGGCGCCACGGCAGCACUUUGCUGCUUCCGCGUGUCUCCGACGGCGACUCUCUUUUCCAGCCGGCUACCGCGCGGAGGGACUUGUUUGUACAUGAACGGCUCCGAGCAAUUACGAAGGCGGAGUUCCCACACGUGCUUUACGUCAUUUUUCGCGCCGCCGUCCACAACGGACACAAAGGCGCUGCUGCGUCCGAGGCCUUCUGUGCCUACCUCUCGGAACACUUCUUGCCCACCGUGGAGCGCUGCAUUCGCCGUCGAAAAGCCGCUCGCACCCUCUUGAUUGACGGCAGGGCUGCUUGCUUUGACGCAAGUGCUCCAUCCCCACCAGCAGGAGUACCGGACCCACUAGCCGCGUCAGAUUUCCCGAAGACAGCAACAGGUGUCUGUUCCUCGCUACCGCCCUUUGCCGACAUUGUAGCAACGUACAGCAGAGAUGCGGGAGUGCAAAGGGUUGCCCAGCAAUUCACGCCGCGGCUGAAGCGAUGCUUUCGGCAUGCGGUGCGGUGCCUUCCUACAUGCCGCACCGAAGAUGCCCGCAUGAGCAUUGACGCCUUUGUGGAGAGUGUUCGACAGCAGCACUUACUCCCGCUGAUUUCACGAGAGCAGCUCAGGGACAUCUUCGUCUUCUGUCUUACAUUGGACGGCGGCAGCGCCCCCAGUGCUGCCGGAAGUGGGGGACUGUCAACGAAGCAAGCAGCGCCGCUGACCGCUCGCGACAGCAUCACAUGCUUUUCCUUCACCACUGCGGCCGUGUACUGCCUCGCGGAGGUCAUCUAUGGUGGCUCGCCGUUGUUGCGUGAGCAGUAUGCAUCGCCCUGUGCGCGAACCUCGAAGCUUCUGGUGAAGAUGUUCAUCCUGUGA